AUGCCGGGUCUCAUCAGUUCAGAAUUAGCUGUACAGGACUCGCCAAGUCCGCAGACAGGUACCUUUUCCGAUGACCUCUUCUCCAAAGCAAAAGCAAUCCUCGAUAUCAUCUAUCGGUAUAGAUGCCCGCUUUCUUCGAACGUGGAAGAUAGGAGCGAUGAAGGAGCUUUGACAUUCUUAUCCAUCAUAUAUCGAUACAUCAAACACAACAAACCUAUCGCUCUCGCACUUCCGGCAUUUCCAUUCAAGUCCCCCAACAGUGAGAGCAAAGUUUUGGGUGUUCUUCCAGAUAAAGGAGAGGAGCUUGCUCUGGCUCAUCUCAAUGGGAUGUGUGAUGCCAUUGCCGAUAUCCACGAGCCUGGCGCAAAGCUUUCCAUAGUGUCUGAUGGUCUUGUCUACAAUGAUCUGUUGGGAGUACCAGACAAGACUGUGUGGUCAUAUGGGCAGCACUUGAGAGCCAUCGCUGCAAGUCGCGGGUACACCAACAUCGAAUUUGCUCGACUGAAGGAUCUCUUGGGCAUGGACAUACUAGAAGAGGACAUGGACGAGAUGUCAUAUCAAGCAACAGCGUCAAGUGUCCGCUUGGCUUUAAUGAACAAGUUCGGCCGUCCGGCCUGGGAGAACUUGAAACCGGAGUCGUUGAAAGAAGAUGAGAACAGGCUAUUGACAUAUUGCGGGUAUCUGAAAUUCUUACAGACAGAUCUGGCCACGCAGCAUGUGGUUGGCGAAAACUUGAGCAAGAGUAGAUAUAAGAAAGGAAUCGAGAAGAUCGCAAAGGCUAUGUUGAGGAGAGGUGAGGCCUUUGCCAAAGCUGUCCGAGAGAACUUCCCCCAGCACAUUCGACUUUCUAUCCAUCCGUCGACUGGAGAGGACAAAAUUUCGAUCAACACACUUCCCUUGACGACGACUACAGUAACACCAUGGCACACUUGCAUUGCUAUAAACGUAGAUGGCUCGAUUCGGGCUGGUCCUCGACAUAGCUUUGAGCAAGAUCCAGAUCUUGAAUUGGUUGAGGAAGCUGGACACCUGUCACAUUUCCGCCAAAAGUCACCAUUGUACGAUUGGGGGACCGCCAAGGUGGUGUUCGAACAUCAAUAUCCGUGUGGCCUCAUCAUCCGACCUACUACAGGUGCCAAGCUAUCAAUGCAAGAUGUCCCAGGGCUGAAGUUGCGCAAGCUAGCUGAGCAGAACUCUCCUGUGAUUGUUCGAGGCUUCAAUGGAACACGAAACCGGGAUCUCUUUGUUGAUAAAGCGUCCGAAAUUGGCAAGCCACAAAAGUGGAAAUUUGGUCUGGUGCUUGAGGUCAAGGACAAAGGAUCGGAGAGUGGAGGAUUGAACAACGUUUUAUCGCAAGAAUGGAUGCCAUUCCACUUCGAUGGCUUGUUCAAGACCGAAAAGGUGGAAGAACCUGACGGAACUCUGCGAGUCGUUCCACAACCGCCGAAGUUUCAAUUCUUCACGGCUGUCACGCCCUCACCAAAAAACACCGGCUUUACUCUCUUUUCCGCAUCGCGGUUGCUGUUCCAAAAUCUCCCAGCUGAGAUUUCACUGGAGCAGUUGGAGCGAUUGACGUGGUCGGUGUCAACAAAGUCAUUCGAUCAGACUGUCAUGCAGGGACUCAAGCUUGUGACUAGACACCCAGAGACUGGACUACCAUGCUUGCAAUACCAUGAGCGGUGGCCACAAGAGAAGACGCGGUUCGAUCCAACCAUCGUCACAAUUGACAACGGACCUCAAUCUACUUGCGACAUCCUGGAAAGUCUACUGCAUGAUCGUAGAGUAUGCUAUCGACACUCGUGGCAACAGGGCGAUCUGCUGAUUAGUGACAAUGUUGGAAUGAUGCAUACCAGAAGCUCCUUCAAGUCGGGCGCGGAUCGAGAGCUGUGGAGGAUUCAUGUCGAUUAAUGGAAUCUCAGAGCUGACAGCUGUGGCAUCGUAUCAUGACGGAUGUAGAAUAUGGGUUCUAAUUUUAGUUGCACAGUUUCGUUGUGUUUAUAGGGUUGGUUUUUCUUGUACUGGAAAAGUGUGUUUAUUGCGUUGUAAAAUCUUUCUGACUCGAGUAUCAAGAAUUUUCCGGUAUCUUUACAAUCAAUUCAAGCCUAGAGUCCUUCAUGAGAUCACUUACAGUCUUGGGCGCAAUCAUCCG